AAUACUUGUAAUUUAUCAAAAACGAUGCAGCUGAAAUUAAUCAUGUUUUUUCGAAUGUAAGAGAGCAUUACAAGAAGUGGAGAGCAAAAAGAGUAAUACCACUUUCUUUGAUGAAGAAACAACUACAGCCAAAAACUAAUCUUCACUUGGAACGGCCGGAGAUCGACGGCUGAAUGUCACGAGGUCUUGUCGGUCACGUGAAGCUAGCACAGUGCGCAGCGGCCUUUGCGCAGACACACAACCACUUCACUGAUCAGCUGACUGUGAGUGAGAUGCUCUCUUGAAGGACCGUUGAGUCGAAAACCUGCUAUUAUUUGCGCUACGUAUGGGAAGUCGGGACUAUCCUACUGAAGUACAACGUGUGGACAAUUUACGGAAGCCGUUAAAUACGUCGUGACUUCCUCGCAUCAAAGGCCCGGUGGACAAACAUCCUACCAGCAGCCAUGACAGAAUUCUGGUUGAUCUCCGCUCCGGGGGAAAAGACAUGCCAGCAGACGUGGGACAAGCUGAUGGUGGCCACCACACGCACCAACAGCCUGUCUACUAACAACAAGUUCAACAUCCCUGAUCUCAAGGUCGGAACAUUAGAUGUUUUAGUGGGUCUGUCGGAUGAACUGGCAAAACUAGACACUUUUGUGGAGAGUGUAGUGAAGAAGGUCGCUCAGUACAUGGCCGACGUUCUGGAGGACAGUCGAGACAAAGUCCAGGAGAACCUACUUGCUAAUGGAGUUGACCUGGUCACCUAUAUCACCAGAUUUCAGUGGGACAUGGCAAAGUAUCCAAUCAAACAGUCACUGAAAAACAUCUCUGAGAUCAUCUCCAAGCAAGCGACUCAGAUAGACAAUGACCUGAAGGCCAGAGCUUCAGCCUACAACAACCUGAAGGGAAACCUGCAGAACUUGGAGAGGAAGAAUGCGGGGAGCUUGUUGACCAGGAGUUUGGCUGAAAUAGUGAAGAAAGAGGACUUUGUACUUGACUCAGAGUAUCUGAUUACCAUGCUGGUGGUUGUCCCCAAGACAAGCUACGCAGACUGGCAGAAGGAGUAUGAAACCCUCGCAGAAAUGGUGGUGCCACGCUCAACUAAACUGCUGUUUGAAGACAACGACAGUGGCCUGUUCAGCGUGACGCUCUUCAGGAAGGCCAUAGAUGACUUCAAGCACAAGGCCAGGGAAAACAAAUUCAUAGUGCGUGAUUUCCAAUACAAUGAGGAGGAGAUGAAGGCAGACAAAGAAGAGAUGACGCGUUUGUCCACUGACAAGAAGAAACAGUUUGGGCCUUUAGUACGAUGGCUGAAAGUCAAUUUCAGCGAAGCCUUCAUUGCAUGGAUUCACAUAAAAGCUCUGCGAGUGUUUGUGGAGUCGGUAUUGAGAUAUGGACUGCCAGUGAACUUUCAGGCCAUGCUGCUCCAGCCCAACAAGAAGAACAUGAAGAAGCUGAGGGAGGUGCUCUACGACCUGUACAAGCACUUGGACAGCAGUGCUGCCAUCAUUGACGCCUCCAUGGACAUUCCUGGGCUGAACCUGAGCCAGCAGGAGUAUUACCCUUAUGUUUACUACAAGAUCGACUGCAACCUGCUGGACUUCAAAGUCUAGAUACACUGCGAUCAUUCUGGUCUCCCUCUCUUUGUGUGCAGUAGUGGUCUGAUGUGGCGUGUUCACAUGGCGAUGUGUACAUGUCGGGCUUUAAUUUAAUUUCCAAGGCCACCUUGUUUCUUCAGUUUUAUCAUCUUUUGUGUUCUCAACUUCUUUCUCUUGCUCACGUGCACAUUCCUGGGUCCAUACUGAAUAAGAUGUUGAAUUUCUGUUCUGACCCGACUUAACAAAUAGGGACCGUCUCCUUUGUCAUCAAUUCCUCUUUGCUCCAUGCUGUAAGUGUGAAUCGCUUUCCGAGUUUGCGUUUCCCAUCAUAAUGGUUGACAUUCCUUCAAGAUGUCAUGUAAAAAUGCUUCCUUUUUAUUAUUGUUUUUAUUAUUCAUGUGACCCUACUUUAUUUAAAGCAACAGUACACGUGUGUGGGGGUGAAAUGUGCAUAAAAAUAAAUGUCUGUUAAAUAUAGUAUUUAUUUAAAGCCUCUAAAAUCGGUGAGUAUGUUUUUGUUUGUUCAGUUUUUGAAUGUGAUGUGUUUUAGCUCCCCGUAAGAAAUGUCUGUUUACAAGUAGAUGUUGACCAUCAGUUCCCCCACUCAAGCUAUAAUCCUGUGAACUACUGAGACAAGGUCAUUUUACGGUAUAAAAAAGCAAUAUGUUUGCUGAUUGUAUGCUCCUAUAAUUUCUGUAUAUUAAACAGUUUGAGAAAUAUAUUGAUAGGUCUAUGUGCAAAUACUGUAUUGUCGGUUUCACUGAAAAUUGAACCACGUUUAAAAUAAAUGUGAAAAAUAAAUAGUCUAUGUGAAAUAUA